AUCAGUCGCUAUAGAAUCGCUUGUCACUCAGCACACACAAAUCAUGUCCAGCUCGGGAAUCGUACUAUACGGCACUGACCUAAGUCCCUGUGUGAGGGCUGUCAAACUGACCCUCAAGGCUCUGGAUCUGGACUACGAGUACAAGGAGGUGAAUCUGCUAACGGGUGAGCACAUGAGCGAGGAUUUCCUGCGGAAGAAUCCCCAGCACACGGUACCGGUGCUCGAUGAUAAUGGAACAGUGCUCUGGGACUCCCAUGCCAUUGCCGCCUACUUGGCGGACAAGUAUGCCAAGUCGGAUGAACUGUAUCCCAAGGAUCUGGCCAAGCGGGCGGUCAUCAAUCAACGCCUCUUCUUCGAAGCCAGCGUAAUCUAUCCUGGGUUGGCCAACGUAGUGGGUCCCUUCUGGACCACAGGAUGCACUGAGGUGGCGCAGGAGAAGUUGGACUCCAUUCAUCGGGGUCUAAAGCUGCUGGAGACCUUCCUGGACAGCAGCUCAUACCUGGUGGGUGAUUCGCUGACCCUGGCCGACCUGCUCUCCGGACCCACAGUUAGUGCCCUCCGCGCUGCCGUCGACAUCGAGCCAGUAGAGUACCCCAAGGUAGCCGCUUGGCUGGAUCGCCUCAAUCAGAUUCCCUUCUACAAGGCGAUCAACGAGGAGCCGGUCCAGGGCUACGUCGCCUUCCUUCGCAGCAAGUGGACCAAACUGGGUGCCUAAGCCCGGAGAGGAAUCCACUUUAGUACUAUGAACCACUUGAGCCACCAUGUACAUUAUAUACUCAUUACCUUUCACUUCUUAAGU